GUUAGAGCGAGAUGUGAGUGGAACAUGAGCGAAUACUGCUGUUGAUGGCGUCGAGAUACUACAAAUGUAUACAGAAUUGUAGUGAUGAAAACGUAAAUAAACACGCAAUAAUGGAAGUAAAUAAGAUACUCAAAUAAGUAAUAAUGCCUCUGCUUGUGAAAACAAUGAGUUUAUUAAAUUAUGUGUGCUGUUGUACCUACAGAAUCACCUGCAUGAUAGUUGCAGCUUCUGUCUUGACUUCCAUACAAGCGCAAGUGCUGGAAUUUUUAGUUGAACCAUCUGAUACGGUUGUAGAAUCUGGAAAAUCUGCUGUACUUGAUUGCGUUGUUCGCACAAGCUUAGAAUAUCCGCAUAGUGUGCUAACAGUACAAUGGUUAGAUCAAGAUCUUCAGCCAGUUCCUUUCAUAGGAGAUACUUACAGAUCUCAACUGACAAAUGAAUCAUUGUAUAUAAGUAGUGUUAUAGAAGAGCAAGGACUAACAGGAAAUUAUCAAUGUAGAGUUUCCUUACCAAACUUGGAGGCUAUAGUCAGUCGAGUUGCUCGUCUUUCAUUAGCUAGUCUUUCUGGACUUCUAUUAGAACCGCGUGAUUUAACGGUCUACGUAGGUCAAAAAGCUUACUUUGCUUGUCUUGUUCAAGCGUCUCCACCAGCGAGAAUUCGUUGGUUGAAGGACGAGAGGCCAUUGCAAUUAGAUGAAUUGCGCAUGACAGUAUUACCAUCAGGUGCACUCGAAAUUGACGAAGUCAGAGAAUCAGAUGAGGGUUCUUACAGAUGCAACGCUUCUGGUUUAAGUUCAUACAGAUUAAGCAAUAAAGCCAAUUUGAAAAUUCCUGCUGACGAUGGACUGAGCAUUUCGGCGCCAAGUUUUAUUGCUUUCCCACGUGAUCAAAUCGUUGUUGAAGGACAAGCAGUUACUUUAGAUUGUGCAGCUAUGGGAAAUCCCAAACCUGCCGUUAAAUGGCUUAAAGAUGGGUUUAGUAUUGAUAUGGCUGAUCUAGAUAGCAGAUUUAGCUGGAUCGGAUCUACAACAUCCCUUCAUAUAAAAAACAUUCAAGAGUCUGACGCAGGAACAUAUCAAUGUAGAGCAGAAAAUCGCGAAGACAGUUUAGAUACUCAUGCCACUCUCGAUGUUCAAGUGCCUCCGAGAUUUUUGAAACGACCGAAAAGUAAAGAAGACUUGGUUAAUAAAGAUGUUGAAUUUGAGUGUAGCGUGUAUGGUAGACCGGAACCAAAAGUAUUGUGGUUACGUAAUGGUGAAAUUAUUAAUUAUAACGACUAUUAUCAGCUAGUUAAUGGCAAUAAUUUAAAAAUACUGGGAUUGAUUGUUGGUGAUAAUGGACUCUUUCAAUGUAUAGCUUCCAAUUCAGCAGGAAAUAUUCAAGCAUCUGCAAGUUUAAAAGUUCUUCUUCAAGAAAUAAAACCAAAAACAAAGAAUGCACAAAAGCCUAAUUGUAGAAAAAAAGUGUGCAACACCUUUACACAACCGCAUGGUGAUGAACCAAUAAAAUCAAUUGACAAAUCCCACUCUCGUACACUAUUUUCAAAUCUCAAACCUGAAAAAACUGCAAAAUUGGGUACUGUUGGUUUUGGUACAACAACUAAACAAACUUCACUAAUUUUCGAUGAUAAAGAUACUUAUGACCCACACAGUAUUUUUUCUGCUCUUAGUAGUAGUGAUCCUGACGAUAACGCUAGUAACAAUCUGGGUGAUGUUCUGUCUGCUUAUACUGAAUCCUAUUUCCCUUCCAAACCUUUUGCAGUCGGUGACAUAAAUAGUCGAUCGGAGAUACUACCAGGCUCUCCUCAAGAUGUUAAAGCUUCCAUUGUUAAAGCUAGGUUUGUUACCCUAAAUUGGCAACCGCCUUCAACAACAAACGGAGAUAUUAUAACAUACUCUGUGUAUUACAGGCAAGAAGGCAGUGAAAGGGAACGUGUACAAAAUACAUCUCAUUCUCAUUUGGAAGAUAUAAAUAUUGGCGGUCUUCAACCUGGUCGUGUCUACUUUUUUCGUGUUGCUGCUCAUAAUAAUGUUGGAAUGGGACCAUCCUCAAAAAGUUUACGAGUUAUUACUCAAUCGGAAGAACAUGUCCCUAGCACCCCGCUUGAGUUUAAUGCUUUCGCUACUACGUCAAGAUCAAUACAUGUUAGUUGGAAGCCACCACACAAUUCUAAUGGGGAACUUUUAGGGUAUAAUGUGUAUUACAUGGAGACAAGUUCUUCAACUGAGCAUCACGUAGAAACAUCUAGACUGGAAACUGAUCUGCAAGGUUUAUCAGUAUUCACCGAAUAUUAUAUCUGGGCUGUAGCUUUAAACCGCAAUGGUCCUGGUGCAGCAACAGAUGAAAAACUGGUAAAAACAUUUAGUGCUGCCCCCACACAACCACCAUAUAAUGUUACACUAGAGCCAGCAAGUAGUACAAGUAUAAUCAUCCGUUGGGAACCCCCACCUCCUGAAGGUCAGAAUGGAGUCAUAACAGGGUACAAAUUACGAUUUCGUAAAGUAAACAAAAAAGGUGACACAAUUACAACUCCCGGUAAUUUGAGAAUUUUUCCUUUAAAUAAUCUGGAAAGAGGUUCCACAUACCAAGUGAAAUUGUGGGCAAUUAACGUUAAUGGUACUGGUCCUUCAACAGAAUGGCACGAGGUAGAAACUUAUGAAAAUGAUUUAGACGAAACUAAAGUUCCUGAACCACCCAGUCCAUUGAAAGUACGACCAUCAUCCGAUAAAAUAUACGUAAUGUGGAACCCCCCUCAAGAUCAAACGAUUAAAAUUCGGAACUACUUUAUUGGUUGGGGAAAAGGCGUUCCAGAUAACCAUACCGAAGUUUUAGAUGAGAAGCAAAGAAGUUACAUUAUAACUGGUGUAGAACCCAAUUCUGAGUACGUCAUAAGUUUGUACGCUAAUAAUGAUGUCGGCGCUGGAGAACCGGUGUACGCAUAUGUUCGAACAAGGGAAGAGUUGCCUCCAGAACCUAUUAGUCCAUUAACUCCUCCUAUGGGUCUUAAAGCUCACAUUUCAAGUCCCAACUCGGUAGUUUUAUACUGGACGGAUACUACAUUGGGUAAAACUCAGGAUGUACGAGAUAACCGAUAUUACAUUGUUAAGUGCACAGAUGUAAAAGUACUUAAAAACCGAUAUUUAAAUGUAACGCGAUUGUAUGCAGAAUUUACAGACUUGAAAGCAAAUACUGUUUAUGAAUUUACAGUGAAAUUAAUAAAAGGUCGUAGAGAGAGUCCAUGGAGCAUGAUCGUUCAAAAUACUACUUGGUCUACUGUCCCAAAUAUGGCACCAACUGAUCUUCAAGUUCUUCCUGUUAAUGAUAAUCCUUAUGAGGUAGAAUUGAGAUGGCAACCUCCAAAAAUGCAGAAUAGCUUUAUAACAGGAUACAUUAUUAUGUACACAACUAAUGUAUCAUCAACUGAUCGAGAAUGGAAACCACAUGGGGUCAAAGGAGACAAACACGUUUGUAUCAUUAACAAUUUACAACCGUCUACUAAAUACUAUUUCAAAAUUCAAGCCAGAAACAGAAAGGAAAAUGGUCCAUAUUCAUCAGUGGUUUCCUUUGACACUGGAGCAAAUACCGGUAAUGCUGUUUCUGAAACGAGACAACCUAUGGAUAGCAAAAAUGGCUUUUCUGGAACUACACUGUUAUACUUAAUUGUGGCAGGUUGUAUUGUGGCAAUUUUAACAAUUGCUACAGUAGUAAUAGUAUUGUGUUGUCGAAGGGGUGAAGUUAACACUUCACCACAAAGCACAAAAAAAGCUUUUCAAAAAGGAAGUCAACACAUAAAACCGCCAGAUUUGUGGAUACAUCACGAUCAAAUGGAACUGAAAGCGUUGGAAAAAAGUCACUCUGCAAAUGACGGUGCUAGUAGUAGUGGUGCUAUGACGCUUCCUAGAAGCGUGGGUGCAAAUGAGUAUGAUUCCCACGAAAGUCAUCAUUCAAAUUCUUUGGACAAACGUACCUAUGUUCCUAAUUAUAUGGGUAUUUCCCCAGAGGAUUCAAAUUUAAAGGUAUCAAAGUCUAAGCCGAUUUCGUUACGUGUGGAUCCAAAACCGACAAGAGAACCUAUUGCAACGGCUACACCAAUCAAUACAAGUUUAAGUCAAACCAGUUCCGAUUCUACACCUACUAGUAGGCCACCUUAUCCAAGAACACAGUAUUCUAUGACUAGGGCACAUGUUACAUUAGACCCUAACAGCAUGCCUACGAGCCAUACUUCAGAAAAUCCUUAUAUGUCACACUCUCAAGGAGGUUACGACGUGAGCUCCUCCAGUAGUGCAGGAUAUGGAAGUCAUCCACCUCCAGUCGCAGCACAUUUACCGCCCUCCAGUGCUUAUGCUCCUGGUUUAAGUGUACUGGCAGAAUCCCAGGGUGGCAAACGCAUUCAGGCGCAAGGUCACCCCCUAAAAAGUUUUAGUGUACCUGCACCGCCACCGAUUUCUGCCCCAGGCACUCCACAACCCAAGCAUAUUGUCUCGUCACAACCACCGAUAACUGUUAGGCCCAGUUCUUCACCUUAUAAAAAACCAUCCUUAAAUAUGUCAAUCGCUACUCCCCCGUCUCGAAUUAGUGCCUCUAAUCCACCUCCACAUACAAGGGAGGAAGUUCAACCUCUUCAACAAUCUCAUUCGACCGAGGAAUUAAACCAAGAAAUGGCCAAUUUAGAGGGCCUAAUGCUUACGCUUAAUGCUAUUACGGCAAAUGAAUUUGAAUGUUGAAUCUAUUUUUAAUUAUUCACAUUCGGCAUAUUACAUCUUUAUGUGACACAGAACAACUGAUAUGCAUAAUUUAAUUUCCUUGAUAUAGCCGAUCUCGAAUCAAUAAUAUUAGGUAUUAAAUUAUUUACCUAUGAACAGCACGAUAGAGCUUUUGUGAUGAUUGGCAGAUUUACAUAGAUAUUUUUGGUACAAAUUAUCUGUUGUGAUUUAAUUUAUUUGAAUUUCAAUUACUAUCAUUUGUUGGGUAGCUAUUUUUUAAGGGCUCCAUAAAGUGGGCUCAUGAGAAACACAAACAAUUUAAUGAUUGUACAUUAUUCGUGCUUGAUUGUACUAUGUAUUAUAAAGUCAAUACCAAUACUAAUUUUAAAUAUUUGAAUAUCCUGAUUUUUAAUAGAUGGGUGAGAUACCUACAUGCAAAGGUGCGCAAAACACGACUCCUAUGUGCUUGCAAAUUUUCGGAUAUCACCUUAAGGAUUUUGAAAUAAAAUUGCAACAUUAUGUUUUUGGCCACAUAAUGAAUCAAUGUUGGUACUUACAUAAA